CGGAAGCGGAAGUUCCGCCAUCUCCUCGUACCAACCGAUCAACAGCGGGGUCAGUACAGACGAAAUUUUAAUAAAGUACCUCUAUCACAUUAUUUAAAGCAGUCCUAUGACACAGUAUAUAUUUUAAAGACGAACAGGACGCGACCAGUGACAGUUGUUGAGGAAAAUCACCGUCGCGUCUCUCUGUCACACUCACGCGCGUCUCUUUAUGAGUUCCGUUAGCAUAGCGCGACGCUCGGGUUUUUAAAUGAGUGUUUUUAAUUCAGCGCCGUGACAGAGACAACAACAACAAGGUCGUGCGGUGCUCCCACCCUCCCUUCUUCACUGACAUUCACCCGCUUUCUCGCUGUCUGGUCGUGUUUGGGGGAGCCAAGGGAAGCUCGGCGCCAUUAUUUCUCCCAAAAUCUAUGGUUCUGGGCCCCGAUGUGGCCGUGCGGAGGUUUGGAACAGUGGACAGGCUAAACACUGAGAGCUCUGUGACCCUGACCUGAGAACGCACACCUGAGAAAGAGAGACGCAGGGGGAGAGACACCGACACUCCCAGAUUUUGCAGAACCUGAUAGUGAGCCUGUUGCCAUGUCGACAUCAUCGCUACGGCGGCAAGUGAAGAACAUUGUUCACAAUUACUCAGAGGCAGAGAUAAAGGUAAGAGAAGCAACCUCUAAUGACCCAUGGGGUCCCUCCAGCUCUCUUAUGUCAGAGAUUGCUGACCUGACGUACAAUGUAGUGGCCUUCUCAGAGAUCAUGAGCAUGGUUUGGAAGAGACUGAAUGACCAUGGCAAAAACUGGAGACAUGUAUAUAAAGCGAUGACCUUGAUGGAGUAUCUGAUAAAGACAGGUUCAGAGCGAGUGGCACAGCAAUGCAGGGAAAACAUCUACGCCGUUCAGACGCUCAAAGACUUUCAGUUCAUAGACAGAGAUGGCAAGGACCAGGGUGUGAAUGUACGGGAAAAAGCCAAGCAGCUGGUGACGCUGCUGAAGGACGAGGAGAGGCUACGAGAGGAGAGGAUCCACGCACUCAAGACCAAAGAGAAGAUGGCGCAGACCAGCAGUGCCUCUUCGGCCCCUUCUGCUCCUGCUUUAGGGGGAGGAGUGCAGACGGGAGCAGACUCUGAACAGGCGUGGCCCCAGAGCUCAGGAGAAGAGGACUUACAGCUCCAGCUGGCGCUGGCCAUGAGCAAAGAGGAGGCGGAGCAGACCAACUCUGACCCUCUCGAAGAUGCAGAGGUCCGCUACGCACUCUCAAUCAGCCAGGAGACUCACCAAAAGGAGGAGCGUCUGCGCAGGGGAGACGACCUGAGGCUGCAGAUGGCCAUCGAGGAGAGUAAGAGGGAGAAAGCCAAGCCCGAGGAGUCGUCUCUAAUGGAGUUGAGUUCGGUUGAUCCGUGGGGGGCCAAUGCAGCAGGCUCUGCGGGACCCUCUCCUCCUCCCGCUUUGGCUCCUGCGUCCGCUGCUGGGCCUUGGGGCCCGGCUGACCCAUGGGGAGCCGUCUCCCCUACCUCUCCGCCAAGUGCCGACCCCUGGGGUGGAGCACCACAAACAGCAGCCCCGGAUCCAUGGGCUGAGACCUCCUCUAAAGUCAACUCGGACCCCUGGGCAUCCACAGCUGUGACCCCUCCAAGUGCCGACCCUUGGGCUUCUUCAGUGGCUCCGGUCCCUGUACCGCUCUCAGGGUCAUCUGAUCCCUGGGGAGCGGAUGGUGUUGCCCCUGCCACUGAUGGCCUGGCCUCUGACCCCUGGGGUGGCUCAGUUAAGCAAACUAAUGGCACAGCAGAUCCAGAGAGAAGAGGCUCCUCGGUGAUAGGAGGUGAUGGGGGGAGCACAGGCUCUCCGGUGCCCUUUGACCUUUCGUUGCUCGGUUCCUCCUUGCCUGUUCGAAAAACGCCAGAAUCAUUCUUGGGGCCCAACGCGGCACUCGUGGAUCUGGACUCGCUACUUUCAUCCAAACCCAAACCAAAACAACCGCCGCCCAGCAUCUCCGCCACCAACAACCCCUUCCUACAGACACAGGGUCCCUCUUCAACAGGUAUGGGAGUUACGCCGGGAAGUACCGUUUCUAGUAGAGGGGUAUCUCCAACUCCACCUUCCGCCUCCAAUCCGUUUGGUGCAACACCAAUGGCAUCUAUCUCCCCUCAACCCUCUUUGCUUGGUCUGAGCCAACUUCGUACAAGCCCUGUUCCCCCCAAUGCUAUGCUGGGUCACAUGCCUCCAACAGCACUAGGAAUGGUUCAGCCUGGCAUGGGCAUGCCAGGAAUGGGGGUCCCUAUGGCGGCCCCUGGUAUGAGCAUGGGAAUGGUACAGUCCAGCCCUAUGGGCAUGCCUUUCGCUGGAAUAUCUCCCAUGGGUCCAGCGGGGAAUCCUUUACUGAUGGGCCCAGGAGGCCCCAUGCAGCCCUCACUGAUUUUGGGUGGGCCAACAGGGAUGGGUGGAGUAAUGGGAACUGGGGGAUCUGUGGGAGGUGGAGCCACAGGCACAAGCACCAAUCCUUUCCUCCUUUGAGAGAUUCCACUAAUCCCCUGUGCUCUGUCCACACAACCAAUUCAAACCUGCCCUACCGACACAAACAGUUUAUGUGUUUGACAUGAAGCAAAUGUGUGUACAUCUCUAUAUUUAAUGAAAAAGUACAAACAAGAUGUUAUUUUCUUUCACAAAAAAGCAUUUCAAUUUAUUUUACACAGUAUUCUAUUUAUUUCCCUAUUAGUUCUGUUUUUUUCGUUGACAGACAUUAUCAUGGAUGAAUGGCAGGGGUCAUUCAAUGAAUGCAGGCUGUUAAUAUUGUGAUAUUAAUAGGAAGUCAAAAACAAAGUGGGAGGUGGAGGAACACAAGCCACUAAUGAACUGAUCUCAGUGAAUCAUACGCAUUUCUCUCCCUCUCAUUGUUGAUGUAUGAAAAGCCAGUGAUGGGAGAGUGCUUGGAGGAUGACUGUGUGACAUACUCGUUCUUGAGCGAAUUGACAAAUACAGCCCUCAAUUUCAAAUACAACUUUAGUAAAAAUCACUCAAUAGUUGUAUAACUUUUAAAUUAAUUUAAUGUGUAAUCUUGUGUAAUUUAUUUGUAUCUUUUGUUUCUGACUCCUGGGAACAAUUAAACCAAGGAACAUCGCACUGUAAUUGCCAUUCAAAGAAACGCCUGCUUGGUCUCCUGCGAAAUUUCAGUCUGAGUUGUGGUUCUCGUACACUUCUGAGUUUCUGAGGGGGCUGCAUGUGUGUGUUGUGGAGCGAGUUGGUGCGUAUGAUGAAGUCUCCAGUCUUUUCACUCAGCCCACUGUUGGGUUUCUGUUGGGUUUUUUAAAGCAUAAUCUCACAGUGCUCAUUAAUGACCACAUACGUAUGUUCUCUGUUAUAAGGGUCCUUCAUUGCCAAUUAUUUUUUUGCAGCUUUUGUCCACUGUCGUAAGAAUCAAAGCAUUACUUUGACACCUGUCUUCACAUUUCACACAUCUUUAUCCUUCAACAUUUACACAUGAAAUGGGAGAGUAAAGUAUUAAGCGGUUCUGAAUGAAUAAUAAAAUCACGGUAUGGAAAUCGGGGACUGAAUGACAUAAUCCAUGCUGUUAUCCUUUAUUUACUUUCAAUGAAUUAUUUUAUAUAUUUGAAAAUGAGCUAUUUCUCUAAUAUUGGCUAUGGUCAAAAAUUGUGUGGUGUUGAAUGUGAACAUUCACAUUUAAAAAUAAAAUGGAAAAAAAUCUAAGAAAUUUAAGAAAUAAAAAAAUCCACAAAAUGAA